AGCCCUCCCAGCCUCGGGGCUUUGCACUUUUACUUCCCCCCCCUUUGUGACCGUUCCCUCUUCUCAGAGGCACACCAAAAAUAGGGUUGCCACAACGAAAAGAGUGAGCGGAAAAAACAGAUCCUCAACAUCUCCUGUGACGGGCAGUGGACACGGAAACACUGAGCGAGCCAGCGAGGAGGGGGAAACGUGCACUGAGCCAUUUUCUUGGGGGAACCAGUGCCAUUGAUGGGAAGAGGAUGCAUUGCGGGCUGCUGGAGGAGCCUGAUAUGGAUUCCACAGAGAGUUGGAUUGAGAGAUGCCUCAACGAGAGUGAGAGCAAGCGGUAUUCCAGUCACACGUCACUGGGGAACAUGUCCAACGAUGAACAUGAAGAAAAAGAAAACAACAGAGCCUCAAAACCACAUUCGACACCGGCUACUCUGGAAUGGCUAGAGGAGAACUAUGAGAUAGCUGAGGGUGUGUGUAUCCCGCGAAGUGCCCUCUACAUGCAUUACCUAGACUUCAGUGAGAAACAGGACACGCAACCUGUGAACGCAGCCAGCUUUGGAAAGAUCAUAAGGCAGCAGUUUCCAGCGUUGACGACCAGAAGACUUGGGACCAGAGGGCAGUCUAAGUACCACUACUACGGCAUAGCCGUGAAGGAGACCUCCCAGUAUUACGAUGUGAUGUACUCCAAAAAGGGGGCGGCCUGGGUGAACGAGACCGGGAAGAAAGAGGUCACGAAGCAGACAGUGGCGUAUUCACCGCGCUCCAAACUGGGAACGCUCCUGCCAGAGUUUCCAAAUGUCAAAGACCUAAAUUUGCCCUCCAGCCUGCCAGAAGAGAGGGUGUCGACCUUCAUCAUGAUGUACAGAACGCACUGUCAGAGGAUACUGGACACUGUUAUCCGAGCCAACUUUGAUGAGGUCCAAAGCUUCCUGCUGCACUUCUGGCAGGGCAUGCCGCCCCACAUGCUGCCAGUGCUCGGCUCCACCACCGUGGUAAACAUAGUCGGGGUUUGCGACUCCAUCCUCUACAAGGCCAUCUCCAGCGUGCUGAUGCCCACCGUCCUGCAAGCCCUGCCUGACAGUUUGACUCAGGUUAUUCAGAUAUUUGCCAAACAGCUGGAUGAGUGGCUCAAAAAAGCACUUCAUGACCUUCCUGAAAACCUGAGGAAUAUCAAAUUUGAAUUGUCCAGAAGAUUUUCUCAGAUUCUAAAGCGGCAAACGUCAUUAAAUCAUCUCUGUCAGGCCUCGCGGACCGUGAUAAACAGUGCCGACAUCACCUUUCAAAUGCUGGAGGACUGGAGGAAUGUGGACUUGAACAGCAUCACUAAGCAGACACUUUACACCAUGGAGGACUCACAAGAGGAGCACCGGCAGCUUAUUAUCCACCUGUAUCAGGAGUUUGAUCGUCUAUUGGAGGAGCAGUCGCCAAUCGAGGCGUACAUCGAGUGGCUGGACCUGAUGGUGGACCGCUGCGUCGUCAAGGUGGCAGGGAAGAGGCCCGGGUGCCUGAAGAAGGUGGCCCAACAGUUCCUGCUGAUGUGGUCGUGUUUUGGUACCAGAGUCAUCCGGGAUAUGACCCUCCACAGCGCGCCCAGCUUCGGCUCCUUCCACCUUAUCCACCUGAUGUUUGAUGACUAUGUGCUUUACCUGCUGGAGUCGCUGCACUGCCAGGAGAGAGCCAACGACCUCAUGAGGGCCAUGAAGAGCGAGGGCAGCACAGCAGAGAGAGAGGAGAAAUUCCCGGUGACAGAAACCACCGUCGCCUCCCCGUCCCCACGACCCUUCUCUCCCGCCCGGUCGGUCCACUCGGUUUGCGUUUCCUCGGCCGGCUCCCCCACGGCGGCUGUGUCCCCGGAGUACGCAGGCGUCCCCGCCACCACCACCACGGGCGCUGUUCAGUCAUAUACCUGGUCCCUUACAUACACAGUGACAACGGCCGGCGGCUCCACUCCAGAGGCCGGACAGCAGCUGUCCUGUAUGAGGAGCAGCGCUCCAGUGCCACCGCCGUCCUCCACCCACCGGAUGCCUGUCUACAGGGAGGAGCAUGGGUACACUGGUAGCUACAACUACGGCAGCUACGCCAACCAGCAUCCUCACUCCAUCCAGAGCCAGUAUCCCAGUCUGGCCCAUGAGCCGGCCAUCACAACCCCCCUCCACUACUCCGCCUACCACCGGUCGUCUGCACAGUACCAGCUCAACGGCCAGAUGUCGCGCAUGGAGCCGUGCUUGAUGAGCAGCACUCCGCGGUUACACGCUGCACCCGCCGCCCCCCGGUGGCCCGACGUGUCACCGGCUAACGCCUGUUACAGCAGCCCACCUAUGCAUUCGUCCCGCUACGCCACCUCCGGGGACCUAUACUCUCCCCUCGGCCCACGCAGGAACUCAGAGUAUGAACACUCGCAGCAUUUCCCAGGCUUUGCCUACAUUAACGGAGAGGCCACCACGGGCUGGGCAAAAUAAACAAUGGUCACCCGUGUAAAAGCCCCGGGCCUGUCGUACUUGCGGAUGCAAAGUAUCUGAACGCUUCUAGAGAGGAACAGAGAGUACAUGGUAAUAAGAAUCAUGGUAUGUACAUACUGACACUUUGGAAAGCCUCGCCGAUGAUGUGUAACUUGCGUUAAAAUUGAUGGGGGGUUUUUCCACCGCUGGAGGAAAAUCAGACAGAAUGAACUUGCAGCAAAAUCAUUUAGAAGUGCAAUGCUGCUGCCAAGCUGUGCCUUUGUUUUAUGGAAUGUAAACCUCUGUUUCCCUCGCCUGUCUCACAAAUCAGCACACGCAUCGUCCCACCAACCCUCAGUUUUGUCAGUGACUGGGGGGAUCCGUGUGCUGCAAGCCUUCACUGACACCAGUACAAUCUCAGUGAGUGCGUGUCUCCUCUUGUCGCUCAGCGUUGUGCGGCAUCUUGUCAUGAACCUGCUGCAGUGGCUUUGAUUGCUGCAGGAUAUGGAUGAACUGCACUGCCUUAAAGUUCUUUUGGGACACACGUUACAUACAGAGGCACCAAACGAAGGACAGAUUUAAACUCCUUGAUCGGUGUAUCAAGGAGUCUCCCUCUUGAUCGUUUUUUUUAAGUGAUCGAAUGCGGUGACUCAAAAACAACUGCGUGUGUGUCUUCUGUUGCAAGAUUGUUUGCUGUUUUACUGUGACUAUAUAUGUAUAUAUACAUAUGUACAUGUAUAUAAAUAUAUACAUAUAUAUAUAUAUAUAGUAUGUAUUUUCUGUAACUUUGUAACAUGGUGUAUCCUUUAUUUUCUAUGUUACAAUUGGUACUUUGUUCUCUGUUUUAUAUGGUUAGUGAAAGACACAUUAACUUAGGGUUGUGUGUUUUAUAAUGCACUCACUGAGGACCUAUUACCCUAUGGGUAUUUCUAAAAAUGGAAAUUAGCAAAGUGUACAGUAACAUGAAGUCUAGUCACUUUUCUGUAAAUAAAAGCACUGGAAACUGUCUGUGGUGACAAUUUAAA